GUGGCAAAAUAACUCGCACGCCACUAUGGGGGAUGGCAAACCACUCGCACGCCACUUUGGGGGGCGGCAAACCACUUGCAUGCCACUCUGGGGUGUGGCAAACCACUCGCACGCCACUCUCGGGGGGGGGUGGCAAACAACUCGCAUGCCACCCACGGGUGGAGCAAACCACUCGCACACCACUCUAGGGGGUUUGGCAAACCACUCGCAUGCCACUCUAGGGGGUUUGGCAAACCAAUCGCAUGCCAUACAGGGGGGUGGCAUACCACUCGCACGCCACUCCCGGGGGGUGAUGGGAUUUUAGACGCGAUAGUGGUUGGAGUCUGGACCGGAUGGUGGUGGGAUUUUAGA